AUGCACGGUAAAAUACUCAGUGUGAUUCUGGGCUCUGCCGUUUUGGCAGCGCCCAGCCAGGCCGUUAAUCUUUUCGUGGCGGACUACGGCGGCAACCUGAGCACUCUGAGCCUCACUGAAUCCCAAAAAGGCUUUGAUCUUUCUGUCACCUCAAAAACAACUGAUUGUUCUCCCGGUCCUAAUUGGCUCACUCUCGACAAGGCCAACAACGUGCUUUAUUGUUUGGAUCGCGGUCUCAACUUCUCACCGCCUGGAUCUUUGAACUCCUUCGCCAUUGGCGACAAGGGUGUUCUCAAGCGAAUUUCUCGCGUCAAGUCUACUGCAGGUGCCGUUGCGGGUGAGAUCGUCACCGGCGCGAAUGGAAAACGCGGGUAUUUCAGUGCUUCAUACACUCCUGGUGUAGCAUCGAUCUAUGCUCUCGGUGACAAGGGUACAAUUGUCGGAACUGCGCCGCUUCAAGAGCUUUCUACAAAGAUUAGCCAAGUUGGACCAAUUGCAGACCGCCAGGACUCAAGCCACCUCCACCAUGUCAUUAUUGACCCUACCGGAAAAUAUGUCAUUACACCUGAUCUUGGUGGUGAUGUCUGCCGUGUCUUCACUUAUGACAAGAACACUCUUGCUCCUAUUGCCGAGGUGGGUAGCCUGAGCGCUCCUCGCGGUUCUGGACCACGCCAUGGAUUCUUCAGAGUUAUGGCGAAUGGCGAGACUUUCUUCAUCUUUAACGGUGAACUUGACCAAAAGGUGUACUCUUACAAAGUCAAGUACAACCGCACUGGUCUCUCAUUCACAAAGGUCUUUGAGAUUCCAUCGCUGGACGCUAGCUUUCCUCCCAAUACGGCUCCCAUCAGUGAAAUUACCAUGAGUCCCGACAAGCGUUUCGUGAUUGUCACCAACCGCGAGAAGUCCUUCGCCAACUCUCCCGAGCGUGGAUCUGGUCCAUCCGAUACCCUCACAGUUUUCCAGAUCAACGAGGAUGGCACUCUGAAGCGUAUCCAGGCUGUCCCAUCUGGCGGAUAUCUUCCCCGCCAGUUCUCAUUCAACAAGGCUGGUGACAAGAUUGCGGUUGGCCAUCAGGUCAACCAGACCGUUGUUAUCUGGAAGCGGGAUGUCAAGAGUGGCAAGAUAUUCACGGAGCAGGAGGGCGGAAAGUUGGCGCAGGUGAAACUUACAGGAGAUGUUGUCGCUACCAUCUGGGACGAAUAG